AAAUUCCCUCGGCUCUAUGCUAUUUUCUCCUUUAGCGCUUCUUUUACUUAUACUUCUCAACUUUAACAACUUGUUCUCAUAACUCACCACUGUCUGUCUUUUACUCUAUUUUCGAUUCGCAAAGAUGGAUUCGACAGCAAGUCGGAGAACGGCAUCAGGGAGAUCGUCGGUGGUAGAGUCAAUUAAAGGUUUUACUUUCGCCGGAGUUAGGAUUUCCAAAGAGGAUCUACGGAGGAGAAUUACUAUGCCGGAAUAUUUAAGGCUGGCCAUAAGGGAGGCUAUACUGAAUAAGGAUGUCGAUACAGUAAGACGGCAUCUCGAUACGGCUUAUGCCGCCGGCGCCGAGAUUCCUCAGCCGGCGGAAGCGCCGAUUAUCGUCUUUAUUAAUUCUAAAAGUGGUGGAAGACAUGGUCCACAGCUUAAAGCUAGGCUACAGGAACUCAUGGGUGAAGAACAGGUUUUUGACCUUUCAGAUGUGAAGCCUCAUGAGUUUGUUCAAUAUGGAUUGAGUUGCCUGGAGAAGUUUGCUGCUCUUGGUGACAGUUGUGCAAAAGUGACUCGUGAAAGGAUAAGAGUCGUGGCAGCAGGAGGUGAUGGCACCGUUGGAUGGAUUCUUGGCUGCCUUGGAGAUCUUAAGAAACAGGGCCGAGAACCAGUUCCACCAACAGGAAUAAUCCCACUUGGCACAGGAAAUGACUUAUCCAGGAGUUUUGGAUGGGGGGGCUCAUUUCCUUUUAACUGGAAGUCAGCCACAAAAAGUAUUCUUGAUAGAGUUGCAACAGGUCCAAUUAACCGUCUGGAUAGUUGGAAUCUUCUAAUAUCAAUGCCAGCUGGGGAUAAACUGGAAACACCUCAUUCUCUAAAAUCUACUGAGGAUGCAUCUCUUGAUCAGGAACUGGAAAUUGAUGGUGAGUUGCCCAAGAAGUUGUCCAACUAUCAAGGAGUAUACUACAAUUACUUUAGCAUAGGAAUGGAUGCACAGGUAGCUUAUGGCUUCCAUCAUUUACGGAAUGAAAAACCAUACCUUGCACAAGGUCCCAUAUCAAACAAGUUGAUUUACUCAGGAUAUAGUUGCACGCAAGGCUGGUUCUUUACACCAUGUAGCAGUGACCCUUGUUUGAGGGGAUUGAAUAAUAUUCUGCGACUGUAUGUUAAGAAGGUCAACAGCUCAAAGUGGGAGAAAAUCUCUGUUCCUUCAAGUGUUCGGUCAAUAGUCACUCUGAAUCUCCCUAGCUAUGGCGGUGGAAGGAAUCCAUGGGGACGUUUGAAGCCAGAGUACUUGGAGAAGAGGGGUUUUGUGGAAGCCCAUGCAGAUGAUGGUUGCAUUGAAAUUUUUGGCCUGAAACAAGGAUGGCAUGCCUCUAUGGUUAUGGUUGAGCUCAUUUCUGCAAAACACAUUGCGCAGGCUUCAGCAAUUAGAUUUGAGUUGCGUGCAGGAGAGUGGGAUGAAGCUUAUAUGCAGAUGGACGGUGAACCAUGGAAACAACCAAUUAGCAAGGAAUAUUCAACCUUCAUUGAAAUUAAGAGAGUACCAUUUCAGUCUCUCAUGGUUAACGGCAAGAGAAAUUGAUCUUGUAGUUAUCUAUGUUCAUGUAAAGCAUUUCAAUCUCUCAGAAUAGCUUUUGCUUGUUGACAUGUACAUACACAUAAUUUAUACACAUUGACAUAUUAUCUAUUUAAUGAAUAGAUUAUGCACAGAAAUGAAUUGCAUAAACAUUAAAGUGUUGAUUUUACCAUGA